AUGUUAUCAGUAUAUAUAGCGCGGUGUACUCGACUCGCCUCCAGUGAUCAUUUGAACGUCAAGAUGGCGCGUCAAGGCAGAGACAUGUUUAGAAAGCUAGUUGUAGACGUAUUUCUAAUCAGCGCUUUGGGACUAUCUAUAUAUUUAUUGAAUACAUUGGUGGUGCCUUUUAGAAGAGGUUUUUUCUGUGACGAUGAGAGCCUCAUGUUUCCUUAUAGGAGCGACACUGUCAGUACUCCGAUGUUGAGAUUUUACGGCUUAGCUCUACCCAUAUUGGCUUUCCUGGUAUGCGAAUGGGUGUUAUUCAGAGGAGAAAAUGAGAAAGAGAAGCUUCUCUCAUUCAAUGUUCCAGCGUGGCUGAGAGGCUUCUACUGUCCAUUAGCAUCAUUUUCUUUUGGAGCCUGUUUCAUUGAGCUCACGACGAAUAUCGCUAAAGUUGUUAUUGGAAGACCACGGCCGCACUUCUUUGAUCUUUGCAGGCCGUCAAUAGACUGCAGUGCUCCUGAAUGGCAGAGGAGAUACAUCGAAUCCCAUGAAUAUACCUGUACAGGAGAUAGGACUGAACUUAUGGGAGACAUGCACAUGUCUUUCCUCAGCGGCCAUUCAGCGUGGUCUGCUUUCACCAUGUUUUACCUGGCUUUGUACCUCGAGAAGCGCGUCAUAUGGCGUGGUACGCGCGUGUUGCGUCACUCUCUCCAAUUCGUUGCUGUGAUGCUGAGCUGGUUCACGGCCCUGUCUCGUGUGUCAGACUACAAGCAUCACUGGAGCGACGUACUAGCUGGAUACUUCAUGGGGAUGACCUUCGCUGUACUUGUUUGGACAUGGGGUACGGACAUCUUGGAGCCAAGACAAAAACACAGACCAGUGCCGAGCGAACUAACUUCAAUACAACACCAACAGAUGGCGCCACCUGCAUGA